GCCAAGCCCUCACCCUGGGGACCGAGGGGGACACCGCCCUAGCACAGGGCAGGGUCCAGCCGCCCGACCUUGGGCCGACUGCACCCCAGCCCAGGCUGUGAAGCUUGGAGCGAAACCUGGCCAGGUGGCCUCGGCUCCUUCCCCCACACUUCUGUUCAUUUGUGAUUUACUGCUACUCCGAGGGCUGGAACCCCAGUCAGUUCUGAUAGCGGUCAGAAGCUAAAGGUCCUGCUGGAACUGCCUUGGGAAGUCCCUUUCUCGCGGGGGAACUGGAACCGAUAAGGGGAGGCAGCUGCCCGAGAGUACCCAGCAAUGGGAAGGCCUUUUUCCCUGACCUCCAGACUCAGCGUCUUGACUUGGGGACUUUGUGCAGCUGCCUGUACCCAUCAUCCAGCAGCUCUACCACUGGGACUGCGGCCUGGCCUGCUCCAGGAUGGUGCUUCGAUACCUCGGCCAGCUGGACGAUGGAGAGUUUGAGAGUGCCCUGCAGGAGCUGCGGCUGACUAGAAGCAUCUGGACCAUUGAUCUGGCCUACCUGAUGCGUCACUUUGGUGUGAGGCACCGCUUCUGUACCCAGACCCUGGGCGUUGACAAGGGCUAUAAAAACCAGUCCUUCUACAGGAAGCACUUUGACACGGAGGAAACCCGGGUGAACCAACUAUUUGCAGAAGCUAAAGCCUGCAAGGUGCUGGUGGAGAAAUGCACAGUGAGCGUGCAAGACAUCCAGGCGCACCUGGCACAGGGACAUGUGGCCAUCGUGCUCGUGAACUCAGGGGUGCUACACUGUGACCUGUGCUCUAGCCCUGUCAAGUACUGCUGCUUUGCCCCCAGUGGCCAUCGCUGCUUCUGCCGCACCCCUGACUACCAGGGCCACUUCAUUGUUCUGCGCGGGUACAACAGGGCCACUGGCUGCAUUUUCUACAACAAUCCAGCCUAUGCUGACCGAAUGUGCAGCACCAGUGUCAGUAAUUUUGAGGAGGCCAGAACCAGCUACGGCACAGAUGAGGACAUCCUCUUUGUCUACCUGGACAGCUGACAGCAGGAGCCUAUUGUGCCCAGAUCCUGGGACCCCAAUGCCCAACCCCAGCCAGGCCUAAUCAGUAUGCCCAAGUUGGGGGCUGCUGGGGCCAGAAUGCAACACUGCAGCUCCAGCCUGUCUGACAAGGCCCUGGGGAACUCUGGGAAACUGGCAUAGCUGUUUUGUCAGCUAGUGCUAUAUGUUAUCAGGUCAUUUACCCCAAGCAUCUACUAGUUGCUGAAGGCGUCUCCAGAGUGUCUGAGGGGUGUCUCCCCCUGGAUAACAGCUUGACUCCAGUCAUGCCCAUUGAAAGUCCAGCUUCAAGGAUGCCCUUGUUGCCUUCUAGUCAGACCCAAGGCAAGGGGAGAGGCCUGAGGCAGUCUUCCCAUAGACCUUAGGACUGAGUUUUGGAGAGAGAAGUCACUUGACCUGAUGCCACUUGUCAGGACAGCAUCUGCAUGUUUGAAGAGUGUAGCCGAAUCCAAGCCCCUGAAGCUGGAGCAUUCUAGCCCCAAUGUUAUGGAAGAGCCCCCUGUGCCCCAUGGUAGAUGCCAUCACUACCACCUCCUGCCUUCCAGUGGGCCAAGUAUCUGACUGGUUAUGAGGCCACUGGCCCCUACCAUGCAGUGUAGACAUACCUCAUAGCCACUUGGCUCUGUAGCUUGCUGGCCCCUGAGAAUGCUGGAGUCCCUUGCAGCUUUCUAGUUCAGCUGUGUAGGGAGGAAGGCCCUAGGGAAUGUACUGGGCCCCAACAGAGUUUGUACUCCAGGAAUAAACAGCUACCUGGACCCCAGAGAGCCCUCCUCAUGCAUGAGGCUUCUGACACCAGCCUAAAUCUCAAAAGCAGGGACAAUAUGUCCUCUGAGAGUGGGCAACUCCACGUCUGUCAAGGCUGGGUGGUAGGGCCUCUACUUCUGAAGCAACGGGCAGGGGUAGUCUCUAGCCUCCAACCCACCCUGGUUUUCAUGCCUUUUGCACAGAAUGCUGAAUCUCUUCUGUCUUGACAGAGAAGGGUGAUGACUGCCCAAGACCACACAGCACAGCAAAUAGCAUUGACUGGAGCUGCUUCCUCCCUUCCUCUCUUGCGCACGCUCUCUCUCUUUUUUUAAUUUUUGUUGUUGUUGGAAGCAGAGGUGUUCGUUUUAUUGAAAUUUAAGUUUUCACUUUUGCAGGGUGAUUAUCACCUUUAAGUAAGAAUAAUAGUGAGAUUGCAGGUACUUUGGAACCACUAACACCUCUUUUUUCACAGGGCAGGUAAGCCAGCCAGGUUUCUUUUUUAAAGUCUGAGCACCAGGCCCCUUGCCUUACUGAGGAGGAAAUUGGCCCAGGACAGUAGUAGAGCUGGGUCUUGAACUCAGGUCUGCACCUAAGAAAUAAGUGAAAUGGAUUAUUCCCAAAAGGAGUGGGAAAGCCUACUCUUCAUGGGCUGCCUCUGGCAAAGAAACAGGGAUACCCUGACAGCUCCACCAUCCCUGCACUCCUGGGGCUUGGUAUUCCAGUGCCCAACGUGUGACAUGGUGGCAGCUGCUUUUCCACCCCCCCCACACACUAGCUGGCCCCUCCCUCACCAUGGUAACUCUGAGGGGCAGAGGAGGACUCUGCUUACCAGUUCUGUGAGACCACACAGCCACCUUGCUCCUCAAUACCAGACAGCCUUGGGCCAAGAGGGAAGCACUGUUAGCUAGGCAGCCAUCCUGGGUUUCAGAGCCUGGUGUUGGCUUCAAUCUGGUCUCAUUUUUAUUGCCUUAAUGCUGGGUGUCCCAAGGUCCUAGGGAACUCUGGCUCUAAGCUCAGGAGUACCGUACGUGGCAGCUGUGGGGUAUGGGUGUCCUCAGGAGAGGUUCAGGUAAAAUUGUGGUGAGAAUAACUGUUUGAAGGAAACUGAUGGGAAGAAAUUAAGCUUUCAUGAUGACUGCAUAUGAAUGAGGCAUAGCACACAUGCUGGUGGGCUGUCAUGGGGAGUAGCCUUCACAGAAAGUGGUCACAGCACCUCAUCCAUCCAGGACAUUCAGAAAUGCUCAGUCCCUGGGCUCAGACAAUGGCUUCUCAGAGCAAGUCACAUGUUAGAGGUCACCUGUUUGUAAGAUUAACAAGAAAGUUGUUUGUUUCCAAGACCCAUCUCUCUGAAGAAGGUCACCGAGGCAGGACAUAAGCAACACUGUGUUGCAUUCUUGCACAAGUCAUGACAUUGGGGCUGGGGAAAGAGCCCGGACAUCAGGGACUUUGCCCACAGCACAUGGCACCCACGAUUGCCCAGCCUGUUCUCAUACUUCAGCCCAGUACAGCUUCUGAAGCCACAUGGAACAGUAGGUGUCUUUGUUCAUUUUAGCUGCAAGGGGACGAAAGGGAUCUUUUGCAUUGCAGAGAUUUUAUACAUAAAUAUAUUUUGUUUGUAAUGAGCCAUUCUCAAUAAACAUUAUUCUCACUGCACAGUGAUGACAGCCCUUGGCUGGCCUUUG